CGUUGUACAAACGGUGCUUCGUGUAUAAAAGCGCCGCGGAAGCAGCAAAUCAGACAGUUUCGGCCGUGCGCUGAAAGUGAAGCAACAUUCGACGUUUCCAUCUUAUUUAAAUUGGUUUGGACUCCUUCGUUCGCUCCAUUUGGUUGUUUUGGGUGUAGGCGCGUUUUAGUUAAGAGUGAAAUUGUUUGUCUAGCUGUAUUUAUGUGUUGAAAUAUCUACUCGCUAAUUAAAACGUACACAAAACCACAAAUAUUGGAUUUGCAUUCAAGGCGACUGUUGCGACAAAAUAUAAACUGAUUAACACCCACCAACAAGUGGUAUAUUGCGCCAAGUGAAAAUGCGGUUUACAAAGGUCGGCUUGACGCCUACUAUCUUGCUGUUACUCGUUGUCAACGUGCAAGCUGGGCUUGUACAUAGACAAAGUCGCAAUGAAAACUUAAUUGCAGCUCCCGCUGAGGAGAAUCUGAUACCAGUGCAGAUUGUACAAGAAGGUCAGCAGUUGGAAACCGAGCAGAUUAAGCCACAACCAGUACCACAGGCUAGCGAAACUGAACAAUUGAAAACCACCGUAGAAAAUAACGAAGCUCCCGGACCCCAAAACAUCGCUGAGGAAAUAGCAGAGCCCGUUGAAACUGCAGAUAAUUUGGAAACCGCUAAUGCUUUGCUCGAAAGCGAAAGGCAGCAGGAUGAGCAAAUUAUUCAACAGGAAGUCAAACAGGCGAUAUUAGGUGAGAAUCGUGAGCUCUUGCAGGCUGCAACCAUUGCUGAGGAGGCAACGCAAAUACAGGAGGCCAAGGAACCGCAGCAGCUACUGAAACAAGCGCAGGAAAUCAAUAUCGAGCUGAAGAAUGGUGUACCGGCUGAAGCCUACGAAGCCGCUGUCGCAUAUUUCAAUGCACCUGAGGCUCCAGCCGCGGAGUUGAAUACUGCAGAUGAUGUAAAAAGCAACGACCAGUUGAAAUCCGAAUCGUUGGUCAUCGACAGUUUGCCUGUUGAGUCUCAAAAUGCUGUUGCUGUGGAACAGCUUGUUUCCAAUGAACCCAUUGCGGUUGUUGAUAUCAUCGCCGAUGAGCCUGCGCCUGCCUCUGUCGACCAACUACGUCAGGUAGCAGCUGUUGCAGCCGCCACACAAGCUACGCCCACCCAAACCACCACCCAACAGAACUUUGUCCAACAAUUAAUACAAAAUUCGCCGCUUGGUCAGUUUUUUGGACAACUGUCUGGCCAACAGCAACAACAGCAGUUGGCAACGCCAGGCGUACAAGUAGCUGCUGAUCAGCCUGCUACACCCGCACCAACACUGCCCGGAUUUCUGAAUCCUCAAAACGCUAUAACUCAGGUCCAGAAUGCUGCACAGAGCGUUGCAAAUGCCACCGCACAAGCUUUCCAGGGCGUUCAACAGUUUGCGAAUAAUUUGGGUACACAAUUUCAAAACACACUAUCGAGCUUGGGUGGCCAACAGCAACAAGUUCAGCUAAGUACUGCCGAUUCAACCACACAACGUCCUCCUGGUCCCAUACAGUCGUUGAUUAGCAAUUUGGUCGGUGGCAAUACACCAGCUGCGGGUGUAGUUGGAGUUACCGGUGCUACUCCCAAUCCCGCUCAACAAGGUCCUUUCCAAGGUAUUAUCAGCUUUUUGCAGGGCGGCAAUCGACCACCAGCCGCUGCUACUAGUGGCACCGUAGUGGCUAUUGCACCAGCUCCAGCUGGCUCCAUUAUAUCUGCAGACCCUUUACAGGUGGACAACAAAGUUGACGAGGUCAAAACAGAUGAGUUGACAAAUGCAGUGGCAGAGCCAGAACAGCUGCCAGGAGAGGAAGGUGGAGAGGUUGAUCAGUCCGACAAUGAAGUGCGCAACAGCGCCGAAGUUGGUCUCGACUCCCUGGAGGAUGGCAAUACGGAUCAGUUGAUCAUUGUCGAAGACGACGCAAGUCAGCAGGGACGGAAGAAUGUUGAAAAGGCCAAGAAGGUAGUAUAGAUCGAAAAAUUGCGCUUAUUAUAAGGUACUAUAAGUUCUCAAAGUCAAUAGUUUCUGCAUUGCCAUUCUAUAAUUGCUAAUGUAGCAGUGGCCAAGAUUUAUUUACUAAGCCACUUAUAAAGCCUCAUCCAAAAUUUUAAUUUUAAUUUAUAAACUUAGUUUUAUGCGCGAUAUCAUUGUAAGCUCAUUAAAUUCUAUUUAUUUCAUUCAUGACUGUAAUUUUAAUCCAAAACAAUAAAUAUUUAAUAAAAUAAA